UCUUCAGUUUUCAGUCGUUCGCUGGCAGACGCGCCGACAACGUGCGUCGCAGUCGCAGCAGAUUCCGAUUCGGGUUUAGAUCGAGAUUUCGAUUUGGGAUUAGCAUUCGCGCAGUGCAAGUUUGCAGGAGUGUCGUGCGUGAUUGCAAAAAGUGACGCCUGGACAAAAUAGAAAAGUGCAGUGCUUGCAGGUGCAUGCAAAUGUUUACAAUUGCGGGGUGAAGCCGCCGGUGGCAAUAACAGCAUAUUAGAAGAUAAGCUAAAGCACUGAUUUCUACUACUUGUUCUUCGUGAAGUGACCCAGAAAAAUUCUGCUCAAAAACUAGGUCAGACUGCCAAAAAAGACGAAGCAAAACAAAAGCGGAACAAAACGGCAUGAACUUGGAACGAAAAGCAGCUGGUCCAUUUUAAUUGAGACUUGAGAGUUUUAAGUAUUUUGGGCUUUCCCACCUGGUGGCCACUGGAUGAGCCACCAUGAAGGGCAUCUGCGGUGAGCAGCUCAACAACUGCAUGCUCCUGGGCGACUGUGAAAACAGCGAACAUGGUGCAGGUUUAUCCGGAGAUUUUACGGGAGGGGGCGUGGAAAUGGAGUCCGGAAAUGGAAUGGGUGGCAGUUUGGCGUCUGCCGCCCGUCGAAUCCGGAAUCGACAGGUGCACAGCAUGGCGGUAAGAUCAGGCAGUGCCUAUGAUACCUUGGAGCGACCCUAUCGGCACGACAAAUCACGGGGUCGUUGGGCCAAAUCGGCGGACUUCUACUUCGCCAGCUGUACCCAUGCCUUCAGUUCGCUGAUCUUCUCCGAACUCUCCACCUUUGGUGUAUUGCACGGCGGUUGGUUAUUAUUCAUAAUCGCCUACCUCAUGGGAAUGUUCUUUUACUCGCUGCCAAUAUUUUUGAUCCAAGCAUUUCUGGGACAAUUCUCAUCAUCUGGAAAUAUAUCAGCUUUUCGGGUGGCGCCCAUAUUCAAAGGCAUCGGCUAUGCUAUUCUGAUGCUCAAUCUAGGCACUUUAACCUACUACAGCAUUGGAUCUGUUGUGCCACUUAUUUAUACCGUGAAUUCCCUACAUAAGGUAAUACCCUGGAUGAGUUGCAACAACACUUGGAAUACCAAGGAAUGCUCCUUACACGAUAACUACGAUGUCGAUGACUACACGGUCGCUCCACAUUCCACUGUUGAGUUCUUUAGAUCGGCGAUUGCCUCUACUGAAGAAGGUUCCGGUUCAUUGAGCAUAUCAUGGUCCAUGCUAAUAGGCGUUUUGGCCAUUUGGCUGCUGGUUCUGGCCAUGCUGCUCAAGCCAGUCGCUUUUAUUGGUAAAACCCUGCGAUGUUCCUGUGUGCUGAUGUUCGGCUCUUUUCUGGCUGUGUUUUUGUACGCUGUUAUUCACAAACGAGUUAGUUUUGACACCCUGGAAUAUUAUUGGAUGCCCCAGUUGGACAGCUUCACGAGCGUAAUGGCCACAUCGCGCACCGCCCUUCUGAUGGCCGGAGUGGCCUUGGGACCCGGAUGGGGCAGUAUUAUAACCCUGUCCAGUUACAACAGCUUCCGCAGCGAUGCCGAAAGAUUAAGCACCUGGGUGUGUCUAACUCAUAUCACGAUCGGAUUGAUGGGUCUUCUCUGCUGCAAUGUUGCCCACGAUCACUUUGAAGAUCAUGUGGGCAUGAUGCCAUUACAUGUGGAUGAGAAGCAUCAUAUGCAGUUCCUUUACCUUUGUUUCUCCUAUUUGUUUGGACGGUUUACCACCACACCAAAUCUCUGGGCUGUUCUCUUCUUUGGCAUGAUAUUCUUAUCGGAAAUAUGUGCCCUGAUCAUCCAAAUGAUGAACGUUCUUACUGCUUUGUUCGAUGAGUUCGAGACGCUGCGAUCAAGAAGAACAACAGUAAUUUGCUCUCUAGUCCUCUGCCUCACAGCCUCCUCUGUGUAUUUUUGUACCCAGUUGGGCUUUAGUCAGCUGACCCAGCUGCCCAAUUUGGCCGUUUUCAGCCACGUAUUUAUUUCAGGAGUGCUUCUUCUGAUGACCACUUGGGUUUAUGGUCGAGUGCGUUUCCAGUGCGAUUUGCAGUUUAUGCUGGGCAAAACGAUCUCAAGUUUCAAAAUUUUCUUUAUCCGCUUUGCCACGCCCAUUUUUCUGGGUCUUUGUUUGUUUCAACUCAGCUUUUUACUUCUACGUGAUAAGGUCGACGAUGUCCUGAUUUAUGUGAGUCAGGGCUUGAUUCUCCUGACGGCCAUAUCGUAUAUGGUCUUUAAGGUGUCGCGGACGAACGGCGAUUGGCGCCAGCGAUUGCAACAGUGCCUCGCACCACACGACUGGCAUCCGGUGGAUGCGGAUAACCGGCGAUUCUACGAGGAAAUCAUGGGCAUCUCCGAGAUGCUGGUGAUCGAUGCCAAUGCCAAUACCACAUAGUGCCUAAUUAACGAAUACUCUUUAGAUCAAAACUCAACACUUUAAUCGUCGCCACAUGACAAAGGAACUGAACUGAACUCACUUUUAUUAUACACCCAUAAGCGGUCACACUUACACACUUACACCCGAAAAAAAAAACUACACACUCGCGCACGAUUGUACAUAUGUACAUAUAUGCAGAUCAAGUGCAAACGGUGAUCGUUGAUUUUUAAAUGGAAUUGUACUGAUAUUUUCCAAAUGCUAGCUAUAGUGAACUAUAAACUGGUGAUAUUUAGUAGUUGCCCACUAAAAAGUUCAACAAGCUUCGGCCAAAAAAUAUUGUUACGAAUUAAUAAAGUUUUACCUUUUAGCUACGUAA